AAUUCGUCUGAUUAUAGUGUUUCCGAUGAAGACCAAAAAGUACUCGCAGCACAUUUUGCUUCGUUUAUGGAAGAUUAUAUCGUGAAGACGACGCCGGAAUAUGAGGUAGCAGGAGUCGGGUUUCGGUUGCAAGAUAUUUUUGAUGCCGACCACAAGGCAUGGCAAAUCUUCAGGGCUCAGGUGAGACCGUCGAAAUCAGUGUCAUUAAAUCAUUGAGUAUAUACUCGUACCAGAAAUUCCCAUGCGAACCUACAUCACUCAUAAAGAUCACCUUCGAGUCCAUAACAAAGCCCACACUGAAGAACACCAACCCCUCUGCUCCUCUUACUCCUUCACUCAACAAAACCUUUAAGAAUAUCCAUCAUUCCUCGCAACCGAGUUCUGUAUCCAAUCUACAGGGAGUUUCACAGCAAAUGAUGACAACGCGUGACAGCAAGGUAAAGCCUAGAUCGCCUACGCGCAUGGUCAGGUGGAAAAGAGAAAAAUCUUCGUUGUUGAAAGGCGUUUUGGUGUCGAAUGCGAGUAAGAUAUCAACCACGUACGAAGGCCAGCAUAUUCAAAUCCCCAGUUCAAACACCAAUUCGAGUGCAGGAAGUUUGCUGGAGAAGGAACUAAUGUCCGGACAUUUUAUUCAAUCGUCUACUAUGGCAUAAUUUUCUUUCUUUCCGUCCCACUGCGUAUAAAUUAAUUACCAUGCAUAUACAAUACAUAACGCGAACAAUACAGACCUUCUUAUCGUUCAAUGCAACACUGCACUCGUAUACUAGUCCAGGAUAAACCUCACAAUCCGAAUAGUGAUUGAAAAACAAAAUGGAUUCGGUCGGUGCAGUGAAAUCCGGUUUUUCGGCAAUAGUCGGCACUGGUAAGCGCUGAGUCUUACAGAGCUGCACU